AAUCGUUAUUAAUAAGAAUUUUGAAUAUAAUUCAUACUUUAAAAACAAGCUAAAACGUGCUUACCUCGAUCGAUGUUGAAUUUCCGUCUUCACUUUUUCCACGGCAUAUUUAGGAUAUGAAGAAAAUCAAAUGUUUAAUGUAGCAGAUCUUUUGUCAUCUGUCGAGCUGUUUUUUUGUAUUUUUUGAUAAUAAGAAGAGUAACAACAGAUGAUGAUGGUUUAUGCAAUAGACUCCACGUAGUCGCUCUUCGUCUAUGGUAGUGCGGCUUUUUCUUCGCAAAAGGUGUGAAAUUUCCCGCCAUUUUCUCCAGCUCUACCAAAACAAAUGAUCAAACGCGACCUUAACGCAACCUUUCCCUAGGGCUUCUCGGUUGCCCUGCCUUUUUCUGUCAACACCCUGCACUACUGACGUCAGUUUACUGGAUAUGGCAAACGUUUAACCUUAAAUUGCAUUCUUUCUAGUCCCUACAGAAAUACAGGCACGAGGAGAAAGUGCCGAGCGUGCUUAUCAAAGCGCUCUUAGAGAUGGAGCUGUUAAUGUUUACCGUAGUCGAGUAUUGCUGAUUGGUCAGGAUCGGGCAGGGAAAACCAGUUUGAAGAAAUCUUUGAUUGGUCUUCCGUUUAAUCCAAUCGAAGAAAGUACUGAGGGAAUCGAAGUUGAUCCUUCAGUAUUUCAAGUGGAUAUCGAUGAAGUUAAGAAUUGGCAACCCAUUGAUGAGAGUAAUCAAGGGCUGUUGGGAUGUUCUAAAGACGUGGCAAAGGUAGUAGUGGAAAAGCUGUAUAAUCCGGUUAGCCGUAAGUUUGUUCAGGAGAAGAACGAAGGUGAAGAAAAGCAUGCAAGUGACCUCCAAAAUGAUGACAGCGAGAAUGGGGAAGAGGUUGGUGAUACUGAUGGUGAAAAGAAAGGAGAUUCAUGUGUAAAGCAGGUUUGAAUCAUCUGGUUAAAUACACAUCUUAAGUUCUAUCGGAACUUGGGGCGCUUUCCAUUUGUCAGAAAUAACCGGCUAGACCAUUCCCGUUUUACGUAGUAAUGAGAAUUUCACUUUUAAUCAAAAUUAUCCCAGCAUAUCUGUGAAAUCCUAAAUACUAUGCACGAAGGAAAAGGUUUUUCAGCAAAAACUCUUGGAAAAAGGCUAUUUCAUUGUCAAAAUGACUUUUCCAGCCAUGGUCCGACCGGCCACUUAACUGGCCUUCGGAAAGCGCCGUUACAAGGCAGAUUAUAUAAUAAAUACAGUAUCUACACAACUUAGCUUCUUAGCGUGCGCGUAGACAUGCCCUAUCUCCAUUGUUUGACGCGGAAAAGUAAAUAGGAGACGUUUACGUGUAGGCUUCUUCUGCGUAGCUCAAAAGUUGUCUUUUAUAAUACAAGAAAUGCCAUGAAUUACAGAUCUCAAUUUUCUAGAACCAAUUUUAGGAAAUUUACCAUAGCAUAUGAAGGCCCAAAGUUUUGGAUACCCUCCCUGCUGAACUCAAAGAAUCUGUCGUAAAUUAGUUCCAUAUUGUGUUGAUUAAUAAUUUCUUUUGUAGCGUAGUUUUUUUCUCUUUUCCUGCUGAAUUUUUAGACUACUUACUAGAAUGUUUAUUUUUCUUAGAACUAUAAAUUUUACUCUAAAUUGAUUUAGUAUUGUUUAUUUAUAAUUAUACCUCUUAACCUCAUUUCUUAUUCUUAGCUUAUUCUUGCCAUCUAUGUAUACUUUUUAACUUUGAAUUUGUUUGUAAAUGGGUAGCCUGAAUGUAAUAAGUCCCAUGGCUUUUUAUCCGAGCUGCCCUGCCACUUUUGGUGGUAAUCUGAUCAAUAAAUUAUUAUCAAAUUAUUAAAUUUCUUUUAACAUUUAAAAUCCUCGACGGAAGAGUUUGUCAUGUGUUAGGUAUACAGACCAUUUCCACAAUCAACAAUGGUACCGUAAGGUUUAAUAACAGAGUGUCACGGUUCUAGGAUUUGAAACCAUAGCUAUUCAACGCGAAGCCUGGUAAAAACGACAACAAAGAAAGGAAGGUCUAAAAAGAAUUUUCAGAAACAUUUUUUACACUUCUUGUCAGUCUCGAAGACAAAUUUCCUAACUAAUGGGGCUUUGCGCGGGAACUUUAUUAAUACCUCCUCGCUUCAGGCCGACAGCGUGCACUUAAUCAAAGACGUUCACUGGAAUUCACCUGUGGAAAAAAAUUAAAAACAAUAACAACAACAUUUUCGGCGGGGAGCGUUAUUCAGGGAUAGUAUUGCCCACAACGAAAUCCUGGUCUAGCUAUUUUACGGGCUGUUGCAAUGCAGAAGCGAAUAUACAGUUGGCAUAUUCUUAGACUUAUCAAAAGCAUUUGAUACUUUAGACCAUCAAAUACUCUUGUCUAAGCUUGAGCAUUAUGGGAUUCAUGGGCUAGCACUUAGCUGGUUGAAAAGCUAUUUGUCAAAUCGCGUGCAGUUCGUCCAGUACAAAGAGACUUGUUCUAUUAGGCUGACUCUGAGCUGUGGAGUCCCUCAAGGUUCUAUAUUAGGACCAUUAUUGUUUGUUUUGUAUAUCAAUGACCUCCCUUGUGCUACUCGUCUUGCUGAAACUAUGCUUUUUGCAGAUGAUACUAGUGUGUUUUAUUCUAAUCCCGAUUUAAAUUGUGCUAUUUCUGCCGUAAAUAAUGAUUUAUCUCAAAUUGAUCUUUUUAUGAAAGCAAAUAAGCUCUCUGUUAACAUAACGAAAACUAAUUAUAUCAUUUUUGCAGCAAGGCAAAAACCAGUCGGCUUCCCAAUAAAUCCUGUCUUGUACGAUGAGGUUUUAUUAAAACAAGUAAAGGUAGUUAAAUUUUUAGGGGUUUUUAUCGACGAGCAUCUAACGUGGAAGCCGCAUAUUACUUAUAUAUGUAAGAAAAUUUCAAAAUCUAUUGGCGUCAUGUUUAGGUCUCGUUUCUUUCUUUCUGAAACAACAAAAAAAAGUCUCUUUAUUAUACCUUAAUUUAUCCUUAUUUAACAUAUUGUACCACAGUUUGGUCCUCCACUUAUGUAACAAACCUUAAUAGAAUUUUUCUUCUACAAAAGCGAGCAGUACGAAUUAUUACAAAUGCAGAUUUUCGCGCGCACUCUGAACCAUUAUUUUUCCGUUUAAAGAUUUUGGACAUAUACAACAUUAAUUCAUUCUAUACUGCACAAUUUAUGUUUUCAUAUUAUCAUCAAUUACUGCCACCGCUUUUUUUCGAACCUUUUUGUUACUAGUAGCAAUAUUCAUAAUUAUAAUACUAGAAGUUCCUCGCAUUUCCGUUCUCAUGCCUGCCGAACUAACACCAAACAAUUUUCUAUUUUGUUCCAAGGCCCUAAAAUUUGGAAUUCUUUACCAAACUCAGUCACUUCGAUUUUUACAUUGCAAUCGUUUAAAACGAAAGUUUUUGAUUUUCUACUAUAUCGAUAAUGCGUCUUGUACUGUCCGUUGUUGUGUGUUGUUAUAGUUCUAUUGCUUAAUAUUAUUGUAACGAGGGGGCCUCCUCGUACAAGCCUUGUGGUUUUCUGAGGUCCCCUCGCCACAUCUUUGUAUAAUGUAAUGCUUGUGUAAUCUUUAUUGUGGGAAAAUAAUAAAUAAAUAAAUAAAUAAAUAAAUAGAAAAGAAGAGAAAAAUCAUUUUGACUUGCGUUUGUCUUUGCAAUCUAUAUUUAGAACUCGUGAUUUCAAAGCUGAGGCCUCCAUGUUUGAGCUUAUUAAGCAUUUCCUAUUCUCUGCUUAUGGCUGGUAACAAUUAAUUUCUUUGUCCAUACACUUUUGCAGUCAUCUGGGCCUGAUCAUGAGUUGACGAUUGAUACUACUUCACCUCCAGACGAUAUCAGGGAGCAUGCUGUUGAUUUAAUAAUAAAAAGUAAAAAAGGUGAAGGUACUCAAGAGGAAUCUGCUGUCAGUAUUGAACUGUGGGAUUUUGCUGGACAGGACCUGUAUUAUGCAUCUCAUCCUGUAUUUUUAACAUCACGUGCGAUAUAUGUUUUGGUGUGCAACCUCAGCAAGUCACUGCAUGACACUGCCCAACCCUGUGUGAAACAAGGCAAACACGAUGUUUUCCUUGACAACCCAAAUGGCGAAACAAACUUGGAGAAUCUGCUAUCUUGGCUGUCCACAGUGCAUAGUAUCACACAAAUGAGAGGAGAAACCUGUAACGAUGCAGAAGGAGAGCUGCCUCAUCUUCGCCCCCCUGUGAUCAUUGUAGGCACACAUGCAGACAAACCAUUUGAAGACAUUGCAACAAUGAAAUCAGAAAUACGGAGGGCAAUUGCUGGUAAGGACUAUGAAGGACACGUGGUGCGGCAUAUCUUCAGCAUUGAUAACACUGCAAACGUUCCUCAAAGUAAGUUUAAAAAAUUUUUCGGGCGUGGCCGGGCAGGUAAUUUAUGACUGAAUUUCCUAUUAAUCGUGCAAUUUUUUUUGGCUUAACACUUGAAAUGGUCUUAUUAUUCCUGUCGAGCUUAGAAAUAACAGUCUUAACUUAUCAGCAAUGCCAAUAUUCUGGUUUUUUGAAGGGCAAGACAAAAACGUUGACAAAAUUGAAGCUCUGCGGGCCGAAAUCAUGGAAGUGUUAAAACACGAGCCCUUCAUGGGGGAGAGGAUACCUGUAAGGUAAAUAAUUUUCAUAUGACAAGAUGAUGCUAUUUUUUAGCAUUUUAAGCUCAGAAAUUGUGAAGACAUUGAAAUAUCAGCGCCUAUUUCAAGGCCUUGGUUUCAGAUCAAGGGUAUGGCUUCUGACUGGUUAUCUCAACUGGUUGGGCAUCAGAAUUCAGCCUAUGGUUGAGCUUGGAUUCGAUUCCUUGUUAGACCACAAUGGGGUCUCAAUGUAACUAAGGAUUAUGUGCUGCAUUUGUUUCACGCCUGUGAAUGGCUAGAUCCUUCUAGGUUGAAGACGAAAAACCGUAGGCUCAAUGUCACCGUAAUUUUAGCUGUUGUCUUACUUAGGUGUGUGCGUGCCGCGAAAAGACCGAACAGCUAGGGAAGUGACAGAUUUCAGGCGGUGAGCACAACCAGUGUGCUGUCUUGGUACUAGGUGGCUAAUCUGCAGCAAAAAAUAACGGCUGCCUAUAAACGAAUGUAUAUGCUAAAAUUCAGUUGUGAUUCUUAGUUGAAAUAACGAGGUAAAUUAAGAAUUGAACUUUGUUGUACUAUUCUCGCUAACGUUCGUCUAAAAAAGUGAAACUUUACACCAUAAAAAUACUUCAUCGGUCUAAAUAGUGGUCCUAAAGACAAAGUAGACUACUGGCAUGAAUAUGAUCGUUAAACCACACAAGUGCACGGUGUAAAUACAUGAUACUUACUCGCGCACCACUAUGCAGAAAAUAAUUUCAAAACUAUUCAGUGAAAGUACUCAAGAAAUUGAGAUGCUGUAAAAGGUAAGAAGUAAACAACUUCCUCAAGCAUCAGGUCUUGUGUAAUACCCCAGUCUUCAGUUAUACUUCAUCAAAACGUUCUGUGCAGUUUAAAAUUUACCAUUUUGGAGCUGCCGUAUUCGUGUUUCUUUUAAGUAAUAUGGAACCAAUAUGAUGAAUUGUCUGGAAUUUAUUGUUGAGUAGCUAUUUAAUUCUUUGACUCUUUCUUUUAACGGAUACAAAAACAAUUCUCCUAAUACUAGAAAUGUUCAAAAUCAAAGUUUAAUCGAUUUUUUCACAUGAGUAACGGCAAUUGUGGAAGUCCGGAAAAUGUUGCGAUAAAAUCUCAAAAACUGAAUUGGAAUUGUUGGCCGAAAUCUUUAAAGCGAUGGUUGACGAUCUUUCGCCCACAAUCCAUACUUUAACUAUCGGUCUUAUUUUGGGAAAUCGGUUGAUUAAUUUGUUACUCAGUCAACAGUGUUUCGUCAAUGUUUUAUGGUAAGACGGGGUGCUUUCUUGUUCGAGUACCCUGCGAGCAGAGGUUUCUUUCUGGCUUGACUGUUAACAUUUAUGAAUUCAUUCACGUGGCUUCAGUUGUCAGUCUUGGCUUCUCGCACGAAACGCUCUACUCGUCCCUCGCCCUUACUAGAUCUUACCAGAAACCUGCUGUCAAUUUGUUAAAAGGUAGUAUUACAAGUGUAAUUUACAAGUGUAGCUAUUGUUUUUAGAAACUAUAACAAUGGGCACACUGCUAAUUUACACUACUAAAAGUUUUGUUUAAUUGGCUCCUGCAGUGAAAACUUUGUUGUGUGACCUGUGCAUCACUUGUUAAUCUGUGUUUGCCCUGACAUUCUCUUGUGUUUACUGUCAAGUUUUUCGUUCUUUGAUAUACACUCCCCCCAAAUGCACACUUUUUUAAAGCGUCUUGUUUGACACAAAAACAGAUCAUUUGUCUGACAGAAACCAAUCUUAGUACUAAAGAAACCUUAAAUGUGACAAUAAUUACAAGUUUAAAAUGUUGUAAAGUUUAGUUUUGGUUUUGCAUUUGAUCGCGUGCCAUAUCAACACACGUGCAUAAAAUAAAUUGUGUAGGCUGAAGUAAAAUGUUCAUGAAAAUUUUGUUAGUAGGAAAAAAUAAAUACGUCAUUUGACGGCUAGGUCGGUCCGUAUAGGAAAAACUGUGCCCUCAGUAGUCAAGAACUCGGGUACAGUUUUCUCCUAUACGGACCUCCCGGUAGGCAAAUAACAUAUAUUUACUUUCUCACUGAAAAGCUAUGUCGUAAAUUUUUAUACGUAAAUGAGUUUUAGCCAAUCAGACAAGCAAACGAUGUUUUCCACACUUGAAAAAUGAUACGUCUAAUCAGCGAACGAUUUUUGUUCACAUGAUACGUCCAAUAAAAGGCCACAGCGAUGCAUGAGUUUCUCGCCAAUUGUCCCGCCUUUUGUAUGAGCUUCCAGCGAUCUCGCUUCGCGAGUUGCUUCAUAGUCAUUCAACGAGAAGAUUUGUUGAGUCCAGGCACGACAGUUUUUCUCGUAGAAAAGUGAGCAACAAUUCGGAAAUUGGAAUAGAAUAGCUUCGUACAUUCCAUUGUCACUGAAGAAAAUUUUAUAGAGCUUACAAAACAACAGUAGAAGGGAAAAAAGCAAGUAAGCUUGAGUUGCGACUUGCAGUUUUCGUAGGAGCUAUUUAGUCUGACUGUUUAAGCUUUUUUAAACCGGCCAUUUCACUCAUGACAAAUUCACUCACUUUCUCCCGCCAGUUGUAAAUUCGAAACAAGAAGGGAAGACUUCUUGUAAUUACUGUAUUACCUCAUAUCCUUAGCUUAUCCUCGUUAUAAAUUUUACUAACAGUUCUCGAAAGGCGACGAUGUUUUCUUUCAUGAUGUUAUUUUGAGAUGUGUAGCGGCAUAUCCAGUCAUUUUAGCACUUUGGAAACAUAUAAAAUAGAAAGCUUUGAGAAUGAGAAAUAGCUCAGUAUGUGGUAGAAUAAACACAAUACCACAUGGUAAGUGCUUUGUACGGUAUUUACUCACUCGUUUUUGUAACAGAAAUCUCAGUCGUUCGCUGCGCUCAUUCGUUCGAUUUUUGAUACGUCAACAACUCGUGCGUUAAAACCGUACGCGUGCACUUUGUAUGAAGUAUUUCAGUUAUUUGGAGAUGUUCACCCUCUUGGUUUCGAAUAUGUGUCUGAAGCUGUACAUCUGGUGAGUUGCAGUACCCCUCAGCACGACUACUUGUAAUAUAUAAAUUUAACUAAGGCUAAAGGCGAAGCUCCCGUUUAUAAAUUUGUAAUCAACUUCAAACAGUGAAUUUGUAACCACUGGAAAGAAAUCCUCUUGGAGUUAAACCUGCGAUCAGUUGAAAACUAGUAACUUGUCAGAGAAGAUAUUAAAAAACACGUUACCUAGAUGGGUCGACACCUGAUAUAGCAGAUCGCCCGCGAUACAGACAUGCGAUACUAGUCAGCGGAUAAGCUGUUUUGACAGCUGUCAAUUGACCACAAUAUGAAUGUGCAAUAUCAGGUUGCAUGCCUCCACACUAGCUAGAAAGUGUGAAAUUUCACUCUGGUUUCCUUGUGGUGUGGACGGACGGACGUACAUUCACGUAAAUACCAAAAUUUCUCGUGUGGAUAGAUAACCACGUUUUCUUAGCUUUGGGGCUCCGCUCUCGUGGGAGCUUGGAGCUCCUCUAUUAAAGUUAUGCUGAUACAUUUAUUUUUACUUUUACAAACCAGGUGGCUCAAUUUUGAGAAGAUCAUCAGUGCUUUGCUAUCUAAGGAAGUUUAUCAUUUGAAUAUAAAGGACCUUCAAGCCUAUGCCAAGGAUAUCUGCUUCAUUGAUGACGAGGAAGAAUUUUCCACCAUGGUGAAUUUCUAUCACGACCUGGGAAUUAUUAUUGAGCAUUGCAGCACAGUCAUUCUGAGUGCCAAGUGGCUGAUAGACCUAUUGAGGCAGCUGAUCACUAUUCCACCCUACAGAAAAAAGGUAGGAAGAACAUUACGCACUUGUUUUUGAAGUGUUGAAAAGGCCUUUUCCUUCAUAUUGGUCUCCAAUUUUGUAAUCUCUCUUCAUUUUACUAUUUCUCAGGACCGCAAGGUUGCCAAACACUGGAAAGAAGUUGAAGAAAGCGGUGUCCUCAGCAUGAAGCUGAUUGAUCAUGUCUUUUGCAAAUUUCUUCUGAAGGGCGUUGUCAGGGGUGACAUUCUGGGUUUGAUGGAAAAAUUUGGUUUGAUUGCAAAGUUCGCACUUUCCAAAACUGAUGAAAAGUUUUUUGUACCUUCUCUUCUGAAAGUACCACCUGAUUCCAUUUGUGCCAUGGUACCUUCAAGCUCAGACCCCUGUCCUCUUUAUGCCUACUUUAUCACUGGUUUUGUCCCCCAUGGUCUGUUCUCACAGCUUGUUUCUCGACUUGUCCGUUGGUGUUCUGAGGCUGGUCCAAUUCAGCCCCCUACCCUGUACCGAAAUGGAGCAUGGUUCGUCAUUGGGAGGCAAACUGUCCAUGAUUUAGUUGUUUUCUGCAAGAAACAGUACAUAAAGUUUUUCGUCAAACAAAGAUCCCAAGAUCAGCAGGUCUCAGGGGAUAAAGGAAGUGAAGUAGCAAUUCAGGUGCGUGAGUUUGUGGAGGCAACACUACAAGCUUUGUCACGUGAUCUCCUCUAUCUACGUGGAAUGCAGUACCAGAUUUGCGUCGCCUGCCCAUAUUGUCAGCUGGAAAAGUGCAGCGGUCAUAAACAGCUAGCAUGUACACAUGUUGACUGUCAUCAUCUCCUUGAGAUAAGACAAGGUGACCCACUGAUUUGCAAAAAGAAGCCUUCAAACAAAGUACUAACAGUUAAAGGUCUAGAAAAGUGGUUUUCACAGAUAACAAGCGAGGUAUUAAUAAUACAAAUCUGUCCUGUCUGCAUUGAAUUAAACUUAAAAGUAGCCUAACCUAGAAGGAUGAUUAUAUUUCGAAGGUUAAAGACAAUCUUUGCAUGUACAUUAUCAGUUUAUAGGACGAUGUCUAAUGUAGUGUGACUUCUCCUGUAAUAGAGUUCUUUGUAGCGGGAGGGAAAUGGAAAACAGGGAAUUAAGGCAAUACUUGUAGAUGCAGUCAAUUUGCCAAAAAUUGAUACUUUCGACUAAGUUGAAAGGUUCACGCCCUUGGUCACUUUGCUAUGAUAAAGGGCUAGCGUUAAAGAUUAGCCUUUAACUCUUGUUCUAGUUGUUGGCUUUAUCAACGCGGCAUACUUAAGCUAUGCAUCACUUCGGCGUCAAAGCCUUCUGUCACUGUUGCCAUGUAUUGCUAACAGCUUUCACAUGUAUGAGAGGCUACUUACAGUAGUUGUUGGCCAGCAGGUGUUGGAGUGGUUAUCACUUCUUUCGGAGAUUAUCAUGUUUUGCAAUAAUUGGGCCAAAUUUUAAUGGUAGUCACCCUAUACUAGAUUUAAAAGUGCUAUUUUAAAAUAUUGUAUCGCGGUUUCCUCUGCAGAAACUGUAUCCUCUAUCCUCGUCUGUUACUGCUCAAAGGUAUCUACAGGGUUCUAAUUUGAAGGUUACCCUCUUGGCGAAUGAAUGGGGGUCGUCUAAGGGUGGCUUGUCAACGAUAAACCGAACACUUGCCAUACAUUUGGCAAAACACGCAAACGUCGAGGUCACUAUUCUUGUACCUGAAUUUGAGUGCGGUGAAGAUGACAAGAGAGAUGCCAAGGGUCAUAACAUUGCCAUUAUGGAAGCACAUCGUCGCCCUGGCUUUAGUGAUCCUCUUGAUUGGUUGUGCUUUCCACCAAGAGACCGUGACAUUCAGGUCGUGAUUGGUCAUGGUGCAAAGCUUGGUAAACAAGCUCAAAUCAUCCAAGACUCUCACUGCUGCAAGUGGUUGCAGGUAGUACACACCGAACCUGAAGAGCUAGCAAUGUACAAGAACUAUCCUGGCGCAAUUACCAAGGGAGAAGGAAAGAACAGAGCUGAAGUUGAGCUGUGCCAACUUGCAGAUCUCGUUGUAACAGUUGGGCCCAAGUUGACAGAAGCAUUCUCGUCCUACUUGCGUUCAUCUCAUCAAGAUGUCUUCCAGCUGAUGCCAGGUACCUUUACAGAGUUUUCAGAUGUUGAGCAUGCUACUACGCGAGCGAGUGCGAAGUUCAAGGUGUUAACCUUUGGCCGUGGUGAUUUUGAAGACUUCACUCUCAAAGGAUACGACAUUGCCGCUCAAGCAAUAGUUGAAUUGAAGGACAGUUCCUACCGUCUGAUUUUUGUUGGUGCACCCGAUGGAAAGCAGGAUGAAGUCGCGGAAAUCUUAUGCCAGACGGGCAUUUCAAGAAACCAGUUGUUUGUCAGAUCAUUCUUGAAAGACAAGCAAAGAUUGGAAGAGUUGUUUUGUGAAGUGGACGUUGCCAUCAUGCCCUCAAGAACUGAGGGAUUUGGCUUGACAGCACUGGAAGCCAUGUCGGCUGGUCUUCCCAUUCUGGUAAGUGGAAACUCCGGAUUUGGAGAAGCACUGCGUUGUCUUCCAAUGGGUAUGUCAUUUGUGAUUGAUUCGGAUGACCCCAAGGAAUGGGCAAAGGCAAUAGCAGCUAUCCGUCAAAAAUCUAGGGAACAGCGGCUUGAGGAAAUCCAAAAACUCCGAAGAAGUUAUGAAGAGAGAUUCAGUUGGGAGAGACAGUGCCAAUCCCUUGUUGACACGAUGUGGAAGAUGGUUUAUGGUAAGAAAUCAAAUUCUUACCCAAAGUAAAGUAACGAUAAUUUAAAUGAGCAAAUUGAGGAUGAGGCUGAGUAUGAUGUGAAAAAUUUAGUAGAUCGUGGAGGAUGCUGGCCGAUGUGGAGAACAACCCACGAGAUCUGCAUAAUUUUGCACAUCAUUUGAAAUCCCAAUCUAAUUAUUGUUUUAUUAUCCAUUCAAAAUAGUUCAUACUUGAAAAACAUGCCCACCUCGAUCGAUGUUAAGCUUCUGUCUUCGACUUCGUCCUAGGGCCUCUCAAUUGCCGUCCCCUUUUCUGGCGAUAUCUCAUACUAUUGACGUUAUUUUACUAAAUAUCGCAAACGUCUUCCAAAUUUGAUCCGCACCAGCUGGUUUUAAAGAAAUAGCCGUGGGAUUUGAGUCAUUCUCAUUUUGUUCUGUUCAAGAGAGAGAGAGAGUUAGUUCAACUCCCACAGGAUUGGUUUGGAACACCAACAUGGCCGCCGUUUCGUUGUUUAGGAACACUAGUAUGACCGACAUGACGUCAUGUGAAAACGCUAUAUUAAACUGACGUGAAAUAACCUUUCGCAUUUUGGGUUUUUCCUCUCUAUCAUUUGCAGGUGAACUGGUUUUCCUUGCACUUCAAAAAAUCAAGCUGGAAGCGCGCAGAGAGGCCAGCAAAACUGAGCUGUCGUUGAAUUUAAAGAGGACUGCUUUGGAGAAAGGUUUUGUGAUUUCUGACAAUCAAGGGGAUGGAAACUGCAUGUUUUUUGCACUUUCAGAACAACUUGACCGCAUCAAAGGAAUUAAAAUCACCCAUGAAGAGUUACGCCGAACUGUUGUUCAGCACCUCACGGACAACCCUAGGCUGGUUAGUAUCUUUUUUUAGUGCCUUAAAACUAUUUAUCUCAUACUAGCAACUUAAGCUGACCCAAGUGGAAAAGGGAGAAAAUAAAGAGGGUUUCUUUCUCAAUAUAAAUCAAAUAAGGGAAGCCCAAGCAUAAAUGGAAACGGACGGGGGAACAUUUCCUUUUCUCGCCUCGGCCGUUAAGCUUCUUUUGCUUACGUUUAAAAAAACAGACCUGUAACUUGACUGAAAUAGAACUUUGCCACCACGGUAGCAUUUUUCCUGCUUGGCUCCUCCUUUGCGCCAUCCACACUAUCUGAGCGCUUGAAGAGGCUAGCGGACAUAUAGAGUUGGUCCUUAUAUCGUUCUUUAUUUAUUUUGUUUGAAACUGUAUAAGGCGGACACUUAUUUUAGAGUACGACUAAAAACGGUGUCUGUGGCCCAGGGGAGGACUCCCUAUAUUGACCUAUACGGGGAGGCUCCGCUUGAAAGGGGUACCUUUUCAGGCUUCAGGUGUAUGAAAGGGUAGGGACUUCAUUAGUUUCAGUGUAAAAAGGGGGCAGGAAAAUCUGUCAUUUCGGUCUGUAAAAGGACUAAAAAGGGCUAACAGACGCAUUUUAUGGAUGUAAAAGAAACAAGAAAACUUCCUGGUUUAGUGAUUUAUUCAUAAAAAAAGAUGGUGCAUUUAGAGCAGUUUUAACUUUGCAUAAGGGUAAGUGGCUGGACCUCGGGGCGGAGCCAUCCAAAAAUAAAAUUGUUGAGUACCCCCCCCCCCCGGGUCUGUAGUGGAGAGAGCUGACUGCAUAGUUUCCUGAAUAAGAACCGUCCAGAAAUGCAGUUUGUAGUAACUAGAGCAUUUGUUCUCUUACAGCCGGAUGGGACAGAUCUCUUCCAGUUUGUUGAUGGAUAUUCAUCUUGGAACGCUUACCUCACAAGCAUGAAGGCAAAUGGUACAUGGGGUGAUCACGUGAUUCUCUUUGGUGCGGCAAACUGCUUUGAAACAUGCAUUUACGUGAUAAGCAGUCUGCCGCAUCACCAUGACGUGAUGAUCUGCCCAGAGUAUGAUGUUACUGGUAGCAACCGGCUUGUGCUAGGUCACGUGCAUGAGCUUCACUAUGUUAGUCUUAUUCCACUUGAAGCAUGCUAA